UGGAAUACGUAUUUAUUUUGAAAGUAAAUAAAUGAAAGAAUCUAACUCAGGAGCGCAGCCGCAGCGGCGACGGCACAGCUUCCUCGCGGAAAUGGCGGCUUCGUAUGACCUCAAAUCCACGCGCAUUUCUCAGCUGCUGUCCAUAUAUAUUUGUCUGGUCUACCUUUCCACACUGCGCGGUGUUAAGGGUAUUGGCGUCAACUGGGGCACGGCGGCGUCGCACCCGCUGCCGCCACACAAAGUGGUGGAGCUGCUGAAAGCCAACAACGUCGCCAAAGUGAAGGUGUUCGAUGCUGACCCCCAGGUUCUCCAGUCGCUUUCUGGCUCCAACAUCCGUGUUACCGUUGGCAUUCCUAGUUCCAUGCUUCGCAGCCUCAACUCCUCUUUGAAGGCCGCGGAGAGUUGGGUCCAUGACAACCUCACUCGCUUUGUUUCCGACAGAGCCUCUAGGGUUCUCAUUGAAUAUGUUGCCCUUGGAGAUGAACUAUUCCUCCAAAGUUCUGGCGAGCAAUUCUACCCCUUUGUUGUUGGAGCAGCUGUUAACAUCCAGAGGGCUCUGUCCAAGGCCAACUUGGCUGAAAGGGUGAAAGUUGUGGCUCCCUGCAGUUUUAGUGCUUUUGUAUCUGAAUCUGGUCUGCCAUCGAAGGCAGGAUUCAGGCUCGACAUCAACAGAACCAUGAUUGAACUCCUCACAUAUUUGAACAAACACCAGUCUCCAUUUUUUGUUACAUUAUCUCCUUUCCAGAGUUACCAUGAAAACAAGAAUGUUUCUCUUGACUUUGCCCUUUUUAGAGAGAAAGCACAUGCUCGAAAUGAUGGCCACAAGUCUUAUAAAAACAGCUUUGACUUGGGCUAUGAUAUGGUUGCUUCAGCACUAUCCAAUGCAGGGUUUCCUCAAAUCAGUAUAAUCAUUAGUCAAAUCGGCUGGCCUACUGAUGGAGCACUGGAUGCUACAUCAUCUCGUGCUCAAGAAUUUAUGAAAGGCUUGACUGAUCAUCUCCGCAGUGAAUCUGCAAAGUCUUCAAAACGACAAGAUCUACCCACAGAGAUAUACAUUUUCAGCCUCUUAGAUGAAGAUAAGAGGAAUACACAAACUGGUGGUUUUGAAAGGCACUGGGGUGUGUUUACUUUUGAUGGCCAAGCAAAGUAUCAAAUGGAUCUUGGUCAGGGUUUGAGAAAGCUGGCGAAUGCACAAGAUGUGGAAUACCUUUCAACCAAAUGGUGUGUGGUGAAUAACAACAAAGACUUGUCAAAUGCUACUGCUCGUGCAAUGGAGGCAUGUUCCACUGCCGAUUGUACUGCCAUUUCUCCCGGUGGCUCCUGUUACAACCUCAGUUGGCCUGGAAAUAUUUCUUAUGCAUUCAAUGCUUACUACCAGCAGCAUGAUCAAAAUGUGAAGAGUUGUGAUUUUGCUGGUUUGGGGUUGAUUACUACUGUAGAUCCAUCUGAGGCUACUUGCAGGUUUCUUGUUGGACUCAAGACUUCAGUUUCCCCUUCCUUUCAUGAUACUGCAUUUCUCUGUUGGAUAAUUUCACCACUGGUCUCUAUGCUUUUGUGGUUAUUAAAUGAAAGGUGGUAGGAGGCAUUUCUUCUCAGGACAGUAGAAAACACCGUCUUAUGUUCUGAGGUUCGACGGCAUCAUGACUCAUGAGUUUGUCUCUAUAUCCUUUGUUAAAUCAACAAUCUGCGGUAGAGUUUAUGCUUCAUUCUAACGGGUUUUUGUAUUGUCAGGUGUUCAUUGGAAGAUAUAAUUAUUCUGAUGCAAAAAAAAAUGCAGAUCUAUGCUACUGCAGGUUAGGUUUGAUUUGUAUGUAAUGAAUUGUAUUAGAAAUUAUUUCGGGCAUUGCUAGGCCAUCUAAUUCUGUUCAUCGGCAAUCUUGUCGGUGCCUGUCUUAUUUUAGAGGGCAUUCUCAUUAACAUUAUGGAAAUGAAAAAUAUGUUGUUGUACACUCCAGAGAAAGGAGAUUUUUGAAGAGUAUGUAUUUAAAAAAAAUUAUAAUAUUAGCUUUGUUGGUGGGUUAACUAUAAUAAGUUUUCUUUUGUUUGAAUUUAAUUCCAUAACUAAUUAGAUAUUGUGUUUUAGUCAUCUAGUAUUGUAAUCUCACAUGUGGCAUACGAGAGUUGAUAUGCCUCGCUGAUGUGGACUUUUUCUGGCUCUAAUGUGGCACACCAAGUAAGCUCUAGGUAUGCCAGGUUGGAGUUAGAUGACUAAAACAAUGACAUCGAGCUAACUACAAGAUUAAUUUCCAUCAAGCAACAAACGACAAUCAUAUUUUUCGUAAGUACUUAUCCUGACAAAAUAUUUUGAUCCCAGAUAACAAUGCUCACAUAAUGUAAUGGAGAAUGCUGUCUAGUUUCUAUUUGCAUAAUAUUUUUUUGUUCACCUUUUUGAACUUAUAAUGUUUGUAGUCUCUAGAUUUGGAUCUUCACUUCUUAACAUUAUGAAUGCAUAUGUCAACCAUAUUUUGGCUCUCCUUGCAAAUUCAGAUAUGACCUAAGAAUUUUCAUUGCAAUUGGUUUGGCUUUAAUCUACUCUGCACAUAGUUUCUGGUUAUUGGCAUUGAUCUUAUUACAAGCCUAUUUCUUGGUAAUCAGAUGCAAUUUAUGGGCCCUAUUUGAGUUGCAAUAAUUUUCUCCUUGAUGCUCUUCACUAAAUAUCUAGGUUGUGUGCAUUGUUUUUAGAAUCACUUAAGGUAACAACAACUUAAAGCCGUACAUUACUUCUUCAGAUCUUUGCCUAGCCCAUAUUAAAAAUAAAAAGGUAAAGAAAAAAUACUCGAUUGGAUCUUAUAAAUAAGCAGCUUGAUAUGGGUCGUUAGAAGAAUAAUAUUGUUAGGGUGGUGUGCUUGAAUAUGCUGUGGAUUUGGAAAAAAAUGUUUGAUUACAAAUGAUAGAUAUAAUAAUGUGAAAAUAGAAAGAAUUAUAUGAUGGUAGUUCCCUGUUAUGAGUAAUUGCUGAUUGCAACUAGAGCAUAUUUUAGAUUAUGCUUUUGUGUGGGCAUGUAGUAGCACAAUAGUACCCAACUUCCCAGUAGUGAGAUUCUCCUAUCUCUAUCAUCAAACUCAAUCCAACCCAUCCCAUCCCUACCCAACAAACAGUCUACUAAAACUACACCCCCCCUAUGGCUAAAUGGGUCUUGUAAUAUAAUAUUGAGUGAUGGUGGUGUGAAUGAGUUGGAAUAAGUAAGGCAAGCAAUAUAAUUAAUUAGUUAUAUACUAUAUAUUAUGGGGGUUGGGCACAUGGGAAUUUGGAAAUGUCAAAGAUUGCUCUCAUCUCCAUUCCAAACAUCCACAUCCCCAAAAUGGAAUCUUCCAAAUCACUAAGCAUCGCAUUUAAUGCCUCCUCUCCUUUGUUUUAUUUUCUCUAAGACGGUGAAGAUGUCUGUUUUUUUCCUUUCUUUAAUUCCAUCAAGGUUGAAACAAAACAAAUUAGCAGUAGACAGCAGCAGCAGCAGCAGCAGCAGCAGUAGUAGUAGUAGUAGAACACACACUUCCAUGCACACACCCCCACCAUUAAACUAUUCUUUUACAACCUUCUUAUCCUGCACUAAUAAGCUCUCUCUCUCCACUCUUGUAUCCUUUUCAUGAUUUUUAUAACUACAAGAAUCAUUCAUUUCUUGUCUUUACUUCUCUCCCCCCUCCCCUCCCCUCCCCUCCCCUGAAUGGUCACCAUUUGUCCAUUUUCAUUCUGGGCUUCAUAUAAGCUUUAUGAGUGCUGUUUGUAGUUGAUAUAUGUCAUUCUUGCUUAGGGUUUAAUUGAUCUUAGCUUAGCUUAUUAGCUCAACCUAGUUUACAAUGUUUUGUGUUCUAACUUCACAUAUUGAAUUUGUUAGCUGAAUUGAUCUUGAGUGAACAUAGAUAAGCCUAAGAUUCUAAACACAACUAGCUGUACAUGAGCUCUACUGUAUGCGUUGAGAAUAUUAAAAAAGACAACAUUCAAGGAUGCCAUGGUGUUGUGUGUAUAUAUGCGUGUGUCACAGUCUGCACACACACGCUAACAGUAUUAUAUAUAUAUAUAUGGAAAAAUAUUUAAUUUAUUCAUUAUUAUACAAUUGAUGUAGUUAGAGAUAUAUAGGAAAUUAGAGAGAAUUGGUUUCCUCGGAAUAGCAGAUUAGAAGCUUGGAAUCA